ACGCAUCUUCUAGAAGCUCAACAGAACAGAUCAGCAGCACAAACCUGCUGAGAAAAUCAGUGGUUAACAUUAAUCUAUCUAGAUCAACACUAUUUGUACAUCAUUUAUCUUGUAGAACAUCAAAUAUUUAUAAAUUAUGUUUUUACUGGGGCUGCACAGUGGGUAGUGGUUAGUACUUUGGCCUUGCAGCAAGAAGAUCCCCGGUUUAAAUCCUGGGAUCUUUCUGCAUGGAGUUUGCAUGUUCUCCCUGUGCAUGCGUGGGUUUUCUCCGGGUACUCCGGCUUCCUCCCACAGUCCAAAAACAUGCUGAGGUUAAUUGGUUACUCUAAAUUGUCCGUAGGUGUGAAUGUGAGUGUGAUUGUGUGUCUGUAUAUGUAGCCCUGUGACAGACUGGUGACCUGUCCAGGGUGUCCCCUGCCUUCACCUGAGUCAGCUGGGAUAGACUCCAGCACCCCCCAUGACCCUAGUGAGGAUGUAUGGAUGGAUGGGUGUUUUUAUUGCUGAUUUCAGUGCAGUAAAAAUAGGUUCACACGUUCUAAAGGAACAAAUUCCUCUAAAAGCGGACAUUUCCUCUUUAGUUUUCCAGUCAAUAAGUCCAUUAGUUUCAGCAGAUCAAUCCUAUUCAGGUUAGGUUUUCACGGCAACAUGUUCAUUGAAACACGUUAAGGCUUCAGGAACUGAAUCAGCAGCAGCUCAGAGAACAGAAAGGAAGUCAACAGGAUGCGGGAAACCCAUUUAUCUGAGAACCAAACCCAGAAAACAGAACACUGGGUUCUUCUGUUCUUGGAGGAACCAACAGAAAUACGACCAGAGGAAACGAGCAUCCAGGGAGGAAGAAGCACUCUGCACUCUAACAAAGGUUUCUCUUUAAAGAACCUUCAGAAACUCGUAAUUCCAAAGAAACGUUCAGUUAAAAGAGUUUUUAAUAAAAUUUUCCUGAACAGUUUCCUGUUUUCCAGAUAAUAAUACUACUACUAAUAAUAAUAAUAUAAUGUUCUGCUUUACUAAGCUACAGAUAAUUUCUAGUAACAAAUGGAGAAAAGCAUUAAUUUAUAUGUAAAGAAAAAACCUGAAAAAUGUCCAAAUUAAAAAUCUAAGUUGUGAUUAAAGGUUCUCCUACUGUGUUCUACUGCAUUUAAAUCAGAUUCAAUCAGAUUAUUUCACGUUAGCAACUGGUUCCAGUAUUUUUUCAGGAAUCGGGAGGUUUUUUCUGCAAGAUUUUCACUUUAUUUUUUAUUUACAGUUUUGACAAAGAGGAUCUUCUGCUGCUGAUGGAGGUCUGAAGAACCUGGAAGGAACCUUUAGUCAGACAGGUUCUAGUUGUGAACCCAGCACCUUUACUUAGACCGUUUAGCCUACAGCACGCUAACAGUAAGGAUCUUCCUAUCAUUGUAGCUAAUGCUAGUAUUAGCUACAUUAGCCUACAGCAUGCUAACAGUAAGGAUCCUCCUCUAGUUUUAACUAAUGCUAAUGUUAAUCACAUUAGCCUACAUUAGCUAACAGCAAAGAUCCUUCUAUAGUUGUAGCUAAUGCUAAUCUAACCGCAUUAGCCUACAACCUGCUAACAGUUCGGAUCCUCCUAUAGUAGUAGUUAAUGCUACUAUUUACUACAUUAGCAAACAGUAAGGAUUCUCCUCUAGUUGUAGCUAGUGCUACUAUUAGCUACAUUAGCUAACAGUAUAGCUGUGUGGACCAUCAGUAAUCCACAUGCUAUCAGUACAUGAAGACUCGUGCGUUCACUCUAACAGCAGAACAUUUGGUGAGUUUUUAGACGUUUCAGCAUUUAGAAGAAGCAGCUGCAGGAAGUAAAUUAACCUGUUAGCCCGAGAGGCUCGUUCUGAGUGGUUCCUGGUUCCCCUGGAUGCAGUAAGGGGGUGGAGCUAUACAGAGCUGGACUACUAUUGGUUAGUUAGCUGUGAGGUCACAUCUGGGUUAGCUAGGAUAGCUAAUGGUUUGUGAAGCUGGACGCUAGCUCGGCUAACUAGAUAUGACAGAAGGAAAGUCUUUUAUUUUAACAACCAUUGAACAAGUUAAAUGAAUUUUCACAAUAAAAACUUUGUAAAUGAAAGUCUGGCUGUUUUCCAACAGAUUUUAGUCCGUUUGCUACCACUUUGUUUCUGAUAAAAAAUAAGAUGAUAGGAACAGUUUCAUUUUAUUUCUAAUUACCUUUUAUCUCCACUGAGUCCAGACUGAACAUGGGGUUAAAGAACGGUAUCCAGGAGAAGCUUCAUCUCCAACAUGUGACCUCCUAACCUCCAAGUUCUUCUGUUUACAAUCAAAGCAUCCGUUAUUGUGGUGGCACUUGACCUUCCUUGUCUACGAAGGACAAACGUGAGCCGAAGUUUUCCUCAAUAACAGCUGGCGUCCUCCAGACCAGCAGGAUGUUGAUGUCCAGCACAGGAAGUCCAGCUUCCCCUCAGAGUUCCACCAUAAAACCUCCAACCAGAAGCUCUCACUCAUCACUUUCAGGACACAUUCUGGGUUCCAGUUCUCAGGUCUUUGAGAUGUGGUCUGUCUGCAGAAAUAUAACGGAAUAUUCUGAUAAAUCUGGACCCUCCAUGGAACUCUAGAACAUCCACAGUAUGAAGGUCUGUAUAAAUUGAUCUCUGGAGGACUGAACAGCAGCAGAUCGGAUGUCGUAUCAGAAAGUUUUCCUCUUCUGGGAACAGAAUUAUCAGGAAGGUGUCUCCAGGUGAGGAUGUCUGUGAUGAAGCAGCAGCGGUUGAUGUUCAUCGGUCCAGUUCUGGUCGUUUUGUCGGUGAUGCUGCUGUGGACCUACAGACCCGACUGGACCUUCCAGACCUGGACCCAGUACUACCCGACCAACACUCAGAGCCCAGUGGUCCAGAAGUCCUACAGUUCAGGACAUGAUGACGUGCUGGUGAAGGUGAACGGGACGAAGACGCUCCUGAUUUCAGCUUAUCUAGAGCACCGAACAGACAGGAAGGAGGUCCUGGUUCUGGCCAUAGUUCUGCGGACCGAGACAGUCGCCUAUCGAUGCAUCUUCUGCUGCCAGCAGCUGCUCAGAGUCUCUGCAGGCUUCAGCUACAUCCACAGCGAUCACUUUGGAUUCGCCUACGGAACCGCCGACAUCAUGUGUCCCGUCCCAUCGGGCUGCGAGGAACCGACCCACAUCACCGUAACCUCUGCUGCAGCACCACCUGGAGAUAAACAUCUGGGAAAAUUCCUGGAGGUAAAGAACCAGGAAGCAAAGAGCGACUCUUUCCCUUCCAACUUCACCGUCUGCCUUUCAACCAUGUUUGACUUCACCAAUGUUCUGCAGCUGGUUCAGAGCUUGGAGAUGCUGCUGAUCCUGGGAGUGAACAGAGUUGUUGUCUAUAAAACCAGCUGCAGCCCUGAAACUCAGCGGAUCCUGGACUACUACCAACAGAGAGGUCUCGUGGAGGUGAUUCCUUGGUCUUUGUCCAGAUUUGUGAACGUUUCUCGUGGUUGGUUGCCUUUACAUGGUCCAGGUGAACUUCACUACUUCGGUCAGAUUCCUGCCCUCAAUGACUGCCUGUACAGGUCCAUGUACCGGUCCAGGUACGUAGCCCUGCAUGACAUCGACGAGCUCAUCCUGCCACAGACAGUCAGCAGUUGGUUGCAGCUGCUGCCGCUGCUGGAGAUCAGAUAUGGAACCGAUCAGUGCUUCAUGUUUGAGAAUAACGUGUUUCCGAACUCCAUCACGCUACCGGAUCCAACCGGCCGAACCAUUAAGCAGGAUCGCUGGGUCAAUGUGUCCGGAGUGAACAUCCUGGAUCACCUGUACCAUGAACCAAUCAUCUCUAAGACCGACUACACAGGCUUCAAGAUCAUCGUGAACCCGCGACUCGUCUUCUCCACCUCCGUCCACGGACUGCUGAGCUCACUGGGCGGCUGCUCCUGGGUCAACCGGAACAUAGCCCGGAUGUACCACACCAGAGCUUCUAAACAAAUGUCACUGCCUCCAGAUCAGCUGGUUUAUGACGGCAGAUUGCUGAGCUACAGCGCCACCCUGAGGCCGGCUGUGGACGCUGUGUUGACAGACACUGGAUUCAUAGCAGAACACAGCGAGAGACAUUCUGCUGGAGAACCAUCAGACACGACGAUUCUUCUAGAAGAAGAAGCUGCUGCUCACUGACACUUUUGUUAAAUGGACGACCAGCAGAAACUGCAACCACAGGAAUAACAUUUAAGGACAAAAUUAGGGCUGCAGCUAACGAAGCCUCGAGUAAUCGUCUGAGCACGAUACGUCCUCAAAAGCGGAAGUGAGCACGCAAUGCAACAGAGAUCACCAUCCGACCGGAGCGCGGAACACGGACGGACAUCGGCGCUGCAUUGUGCAUGUAUUAUAUAUGCACGAUACAGCGCGGACAUCCGCGAUCUAUGUCAGCGUUUACUAUACAGCUGUAUCUAAACGCCGACAUCGGCGCUGCAUCGUGCAUACAUAAUAUAUGCACCGAUGUCCGUCCGUGUUCCGCGCUCCAGUCGGAUGGGGAUCUCUGUUGCAUUGCGCGCUCACUUCCGCUUUUGAGGACGUAUCGUGCUCAGACGAUUACUCGAGGCUUCGUUAGCUGCAGCCCUAGACAAAAUAUCAGACAAGAGAACCUGAAGAACUCCAGGUAGAUCUCACCUGGCCUUCUCAGAACCUUCUGGUUCUUUAUUAAUGUUCAGAGUUCUACCUUCAUAGUAUGAAUAUCUCCAGAAUUCCAAGUCCUUGAAGUCCAUAGAGGUGGGUCCAGAUUUAUAACUUUUUAAUGGAGGGUUAGGGUUAGUUGGGUUAAUAGGGGUUGUAGAGGCUAAGCCAAUGCUUGAAGCCCCUGAGGUGCUUCACCAGGAUUUAAAUAGUUGACACGCCAACAACUUUACCGCGUCUGAUGAAGAGAGCCGAGACCAAUGCUUGCGGUUCCAAUAAUCUGCGUUUAUUACUCCAAAUAAGUAUAGUCCAACAGCUUUAAUCUAAACAAACAAUUCAUUGUUACCGGCUUUUCAGCGGCGGCUUCAACGGCGGUCAAAACUGUUUUAUUCCUUCCGGGCGGAACACCUGCCCGGACAAAGAUUGUUUCCUAUUUAUAAUAAAUCGAGCUCAUUGGCUCCUACAGGGGUAAUAAGGUUAGUAGGGGUAGUAGGAUUAGUAGAGUUAGUAGAGUUAGUAGGAUUAGUAGGGGUAGUAGGGGUAGUAGAGGUAGGGCUAGUAGGAUUAGCUGGGUUAAUGGAGGUAGUAGGGUUAGUAGAGUUAUUAGGGUUAGUUGGAUUAGUAGGGGUAGUAGAGGUAGGGUUAGUAGGAUCAGUUGGGUUAGCAGGGGAAGUGGGAUUAGUAGGGUUAGUCGAGUUAGUCGAGUUAGCUGGGGUAGUUGGGGUAGUAGGGGUAGGGUUAGUUGGGUUAGUAGGGGUAGUAGCAUUAUUAGGGGUAGUCGGGUUAGUAGGGGUAGGGUUUAUAGGGUUAGUUGGGUUAGUAGGGUUUGUUGGGUUAGUAGGGGUAGUAGGAUUUGUAGGGGUAGUAGAGUCUGAGUUAGAAGAUUAUUGUCUUUUGGACAAUUUUGAACUCAGAAACUCUAAAUGAUCUUCAGAUCAGUGGACCAGCAGAGUGUAAAAUCAAACAGAAGACAGUUUAAUGUGCUUCUGUUAUUAAUGUGAUGUUUUAUUUAAACCUGGAAUAAAGAAGCAGAAAUAUGAAAUCUGUAUUAAGUUAUUCUGGGAUGUAGCUGUCUGAAAUAAAAUGUGCUGACAAUCAAA